GCUAUAUAAUGGAGUGUUGGGAGACACAGGGAUCUAUGGUGAGAGGUUUUUGAGCUCUAAGUUGGUAGCAGAAAAGGGAGACAGAGGGAGGUAUUCAUUAUGAGAGCUUCUUCUCCAAUGCUGCCGCUGCUGCUGCUUUUCUUGUUGUCGGUGGCAGCAGAGUUGGGAAGUGCCACUUAUUAUACGGGCCGGCAGAAGCUCACCUGCUGGAGCAGGAGAAGCAGAUGCUUCUUGAGAACCAUAAGGUGUCCGGCAGAGUGCCCGCUGACCAAACCAUCAGAUCCCAAGGCCAAAGCUUGCUACUUGGAUUGCAAUUCACCAAAAUGUGAAGCUAUGUGCAGAAAUCGGAAAGCUGACUGCCAUGGAACCGGAGCCGCCUGCUAUGAUCCACGAUUUGUAGGAGGAGAUGGAGUCGUCUUCUUCUUCCAUGGCAAGGCAAAUGAACAUUUCAGCCUUGUUUCUGACACCAACCUCCAGAUCAAUGCUCGGUUCAUCGGUCUAAGGCCACAGGGGAGAACAAGGGACUUCACAUGGAUUCAAGCACUAGGAUUCAUGUACGGUUCCCAUACCUUCAGUCUUGGAGCAAAGAAGGCCAUGAAAUGGGACAACAGCAUUGACCAGCUUGAGUUUUUCUAUGAUGGGCAGCCCAUAUUUCUAUCUGAAGGCCACCUCUCAGAGUGGAGCUCUCCUGAUCAUGACUUGAAAUUGGAGAGAACUGCUCGGACCAACAGCAUUAUAGUAAAGUUGCCGGAAAUUGCAGAGGUUUCUGUAAAUGUAGUGCCUGUAACUAAGGAAGAUGACCGGAUUCACAAAUACCAGAUUCCUGCCGAUGACUGCUUUGCUCAUCUUGAAGUUCAGUUCAGAUUCUACGGCCUUUCACCGCAAGUGGAAGGUGUCAUUGGCAAGACCUACCAACCGGACUUCCAAAGCCCAGUGAAGAAAGGAGUAGCCAUGCCAAUCAUGGGGGGUGAGGACAAAUACAGGACGCCUUCCCUCCUUUCACCAAACUGCAAAUUCUGCAAGUUUAAACCCGAAACCAAAGAUGUAGACCACGCCUUCAUGGCCUACCCUUCUACCAUAGACUGCGCAACAAAGCUUGGCAAUGGUGCGGGAAUGGUUUGCCGAAAAUGAAGCACCUCUCACAGAAAUCAAACAGCGAACCAUAAGUUCGUCUUCUCAAGUGUGCUACUUUAUCUUUAAUUUUUCAUGUCAAUCCCAUCGCGGACAUAAGUAUUCAUCUGUGAAACUUGUUCGUGAUACAAUAUUCUGAAUA